AUGUACAGGGCAUUUAGAACAGCCGCAUUCAGGCGUAUUGGAAUCUCUAAUGAUUUAUCUGGAGCUGCAGUCCAAUUGAAGAGAAACUACCAUUUUCAAUUGCUCAAUUUGAAGGUAGGUUUCACCAAACUUGUCGACACACAUCCGGAGUCUGAUAAACUAUAUGUAUCACAGGUACAGUUGAAUCAAAAUGGUGCUGUGAAGCAAAUAUGUAGCGGUCUUCGCCAACAUAUGCCUCAAGAGCGUUUACAAGAUCAGUUGGUCGUCGUGGUCGAUAAUAUGAAGAAGUGUAAGUUACGAGGUCAAGUUAGCGAGGGUAUGUUACUCUGCGGAGAGGAUGUGUCGAAAGAUGAAGUCAAGUUGUGCACACCAGCCAAAUUUGAUAUGGGUCUCGUGGGGAGGAGCAUUGUUCUACAGUCAAACGAUGAAGAAAUGAGUGCGCCAACGACAAGAAAGAUCAAGACCAAAGAAUGGGAGGACAUCUCUUCAAGAUUGCGUGUCGGACAAGAGGGCAGAGUUGUCUACACCGAGGAGAAUAGCGAGAGGCAGGAACAGUUAUGUGUGUACGAUGAGAAUAGCGUGCCAGUACCGAUUGUCGCCGCAGACUUACCAAGCGGCAGUGCCGUUAAAUAA